UGUCUGGUCUAACUUAUCCAUUACAUUCCUUUUUUUCCUGUCCUCCAGGUAAAGGAGCAACUUACAGGACCACGAAAGAUUACCAUGGAUGGCUUGGAUGACGACACAUUAUCCACUCUAAAUGCUGCCAACAUUGAUGAGGCUUUGCUCCACACCCUCAGUCGUGAUGAUUUGAAAGACUUGUUUCCGGGGCCAGAGAACUUUCUCAGGAGGAAACAACUGUGGGGUCUUGUAAAUCAAGAGGAUGAGAAUUCCACCUCACCAGACAAAGCAGACCCUGGUGAAACAGGAAUUGUUUCCCCACCUCGAGGAGCACCUCCAAUCUCCCCCCAGGCGUCUACUCCUUUGGUGAAGAGAAAUCCACAGAAGACCCUGCAGCUCCCCAGUCCUCCAGAAUAUGUGCUCUACACAGACAGCGAGUUGGAACUAGCUCGCAAGCACUAUUUUGAGAUGGCCCGCAUUGGUAGAGAGGAGGAAUCUACCAUGUCCAAAGAGCUGAGGUGCAGGCUAGUGAGGAACACCAUCACCAGCAUGAUUUCUAUCUUGAGAGAAGGUCAGCAAGGAGAAGAGCUCCGCUACCCUUGCAAGCAUGAAGUUACUGCCAUGGCUAAGAGACUAGUGGAGUAUUAUCCCAUGCUACAGGAGAAAGAUGGACCCUUGAAACAUAUGAGCAUGUACACUUAUCUUCAGAAGAGGAUGCUGAAUGUGAAGUCCCCACAAAGAGGCAGGGGCCAACCCCACAAAGAGGCCGUCCAAACAAAAGGCGCCGUGUCGACUUCUCACCAAAUGACCAGGAAGCAGAGCCUCUGA